GUAUCAAUUAAACUAAAAAUCUUGUCAAAGCUGCGGGGUUCGUGUGGCUUCCCAUCCUCGUCAUAUCCCGUUCCUCCGCUCCUUCUCCAGUCUCAGCUUCCCUUUUUCGUCUCUCCAUCGAAGAACCGGAAACUGAAAGGGAUUGGUCGCUCUCUGCGAUUCAUCCUCCUGGCGGCUCAUCUUCUACGCCAUAAGUUUUAAUCGCUUGAAGUCGAUGAGAUUUUUCCUUUUUCAAAUCCAUUGGCAAGAUGGCUUCGCAGCCGUCGAGUUCUGUGAUGGCGGAGUGUGCAAACCGCUGCAAGGUUUCUAAAGGGGAAGGAAGUGGGCGGUUUGAGUGCAGUGUUCUGUCUUGUGCGUGGAAGGCACCGAGGGUUCUUACUGGUUCUCUAGCUAGUACGACCUUGCCGCGUUGCUCGGCACACCACCGUGAUGAGAAGAGGAGGAUUCAAAGAUCGCGUUGGCUGUGCCAUGCUAAUCAGAAAUCAGAAGAUCAUAAUGAGAAGUUGGGAUGUAAUGUUGUGGAUUUUGGUGGAUAUGGGUGGUCUUUUAGAUCAGAUAUUGCUCAUCGUCCAAGCAAAGAUUGGAGGUUUGCUUGGAGGACUGGUUGUGCUUCAUCAUACAUGUACCCCUUUGAUAGCAUUUCUCCAGAUUCAUUAUGGGAGGAGCUGAGACCAACUAUUUCUUAUCUUGCACAGGAGGAACUGAAGUUAGUAAAUGAUGCAUUGAAGCUUGCUUUUGAGGCUCAUGAUGGCCAGAAACGGCGAAGUGGAGAACCUUUCAUUAUUCAUCCAGUUGAAGUUGCAAGGAUACUUGGUGAACAUGAGUUGGAUUGGGAAUCAAUCGCUGCUGGUCUAUUGCAUGAUACUGUUGAAGAUACAAAAGUAGUUACAUUUGAGAGAAUAGAGAAGGAGUUCGGUGCUACUGUGCGGCACAUUGUUGAGGGAGAGACUAAGGUGUCCAAGCUAGGAAAACUGACAUGCAAUGGUGCAGAUAGUUCAGUUCAAGAUGUAAAAGCUGAUGAUUUGAGGCAAAUGUUUCUUGCAAUGACAGAAGAGGUUCGUGUCAUUAUUGUCAAACUUGCUGAUCGUUUACACAAUAUGCGCACGCUAUCCCACAUGCCACCACAUAAGCAGGCCAGUAUUGCAUUAGAGACACUUCAAGUGUUUGCGCCUCUAGCAAAGCUUCUAGGGAUGUACCAAAUUAAGUCAGAAUUAGAAUACCUGUCUUUCAUGUAUACAAAUCCUAAUGAUUUUGUGGAGCUCAAGAAAAGAGUUGAAGAUCUUUAUAAAGAUUAUGUCAAAGAACUUGACGUGGCUAAGAAGAUUUUGCGGCAAAAAAUUGAGGAGGAUCAAUUUUUGGAUCUUGUGACAGUUACAACAGAAGUGCGUUCUGUAUGCAAGGAACUUUACAGUGUGUAUAAAACUGUGCUGAAAUCUAAGCUGUCAAUUCAUGAAAUCAACCAAAUUGCUCAGCUCCGAAUUAUUGUAAAACCAAAAUCCUGCAAUGGGGUUGGACCUUUGUGUAGUGCACAACAGAUAUGCUACCAUCUGCUUGGUCUUGUUCAUGGAAUCUGGACUCCCAUUCCUAGAGCUAUAAAAGACUAUAUUGCAACUCCUAAACCCAAUGGAUAUCAAAGCCUCCAUACCACAGUGAUGCCUUUUCUUUAUGAGAGCAUGUUCCAUCUGGAAGUUCAGAUAAGAACUGAAGACAUGGAUCUGAUAGCGGAAAGAGGAAUAGCUGGCCACUAUAGUGGAAAAGCAGUUCCAAAUAUGGUUGGACAAAAUACACCUGCUGGGAGAAACUCAAAAGGAAAGACAACUUGCUUGAAAAAUUCUGAUUUUGCUCUCAGGAUUGGUUGGCUUAAAGCAAUUAGAGAAUGGCAGCAAGAGUUUGUUGGUAACAUGAGUUCCAGAGAAUUUGUUGACACUGUCAUGCGAGACCUGUUGGGUAGCCGUGUUUUUGUUUUUACACCAAAAGGAGAGAUUAAAAACCUUCCCCAGGGUGCCACUGUAAUUGAUUAUGCCUAUAUGAUUCACACUGAAAUUGGAAAUAACAUGGUUGCUGCAAAGGUCAAUGGUAAUCUAGUUUCACCCAUGCACGUCCUUGCCAAUGCUGAAGUCGUCGAGAUAAUCACAUACAAUGCUUUAUCAAACAAGUCAGCUUUCCAGAGGCAUCAGCAAUGGCUGCAGCAUGCAAAGACUCGCAGUGCUAGACAUAAGAUAAUGAAAUUUCUGAGAGAGCAAGCUGCACUUGCAGCAACUGAAAUAACUGCAGAUGCAGUAGAUGAUUUUGUUGCGGAUAUCAAGGACGGGAGUGAAAAUGAGCAGGCAUCGCUCAGUGAAAGGAAAUCCAUAUGGGAAAAGAUUCUUGCGAUCGUGGAAGAAUCAGCAAAGACAAAGCCUGGCCUCGUGCCAGUUCAGAAUAAUGUUGGGUUGCGUAAAAUCAAUGGAAAGUCCAACAAGAGUGCACAAAAAAUGAGUGUGAAGAUCAAUGGUGAUCCAAUGCUUGGGGAGCAUGCUCUUACAGAGUUCUUUUUUGGAAAGAUUCCUACAUAUAAAGAAGUGUUACCUGGUUUAGAAAGCUGGAAAGCAGGCAAAAUCGCAUUGUGGCAUAAUCUGGAAGGGCAUUCUAUUAAAUGGUUUCACAUUGCAUGUAUUGAUCGCAAAGGCAUGAUGGCUGAAGUUACAUCAGCAUUGGCAGCUGUCGGAAUUAGGAUAUGUUCUUGUGUGGCUGAGAUUGACAGAAAAAGGGGUAUUGGUGUUAUGGUGUUUCAUUAUGAAGGAACAUAUGACAACCUAGUGAAUGCUUGUGGGAGCGUGGAUGUCAUCCUUGGUGUUUUGGGAUGGUCCGCUGGCUGUAGCUGGUCCAGUCCUGCCGAUGAUCUCGAUUUUCUAUAAAUGUGGAUAGUUGAACUUGAUCUACUAAACCAAAGUAAAACAAGAAAGUAUCAGUUGGUAUUCAGAGUGGCAAGAGCAUUUCACAUACUAUUUUUGUAAUUCGAGGGAGUUAGUGUAUUUAAGAGUUUCAGGGAUCUUUCCAGUUUAUGUUUUUGAAAUUCAUAUUCACAAAUAAGAAGGGCUAACUGAACUAGCCUGUUAGCAGAGGAAAUGUAAAUAGGUAAAGGGGGGCAUCCGGUGGUGUUUGAGCCUUUAACCGUGUUCAUAAAGGCUUUUUAAUGCACACAAAGAAUAAACUGUUUUUAAAGUUGAAUUAUAGAUUACAGCAUUUUUCCGGUUA